AUGAAGUUUUCACAUACCCUUUCCCUGAACUCGAAUCCGGACUGGGCCAAGUUUUACAUUGACUAUGCAGGUUUGAAAAAGGUCAUUCAUGAAGUGGAGCAGCAGACCACCACUCCAGAUGCUACUAGUAGUAUUGCCACUAAGGAACUGCUGGCCGAGACACGACGGGAACGUUUCUUGACGGAGUUGACUCCCAUGGUGAAGGUGGUGCGUCAAUUUUACGACACGAAGAAGGCGGAAUUGGACAUGGAAUUGGCCCAUUUGCAGCCUUUGUUGGAACGAUCGUCAUCUCGAUUAUCUCUCUUGAGUUUGAAAGACGAUGAAACAACUCCACUUGUCAUGAGCAGCAUGAAAUCCACGUCGUCCUUGGCCAGUCAUGUCAAUCUAGAAGAUCAACGACGCCAAAUUGGACAUCUCUUUACCCAGUAUCACAGCUUGAAACAAUACGCACAACUCAACUGUACCGCCGUUCGCAAAAUCUUGAAAAAGUACGACAAGACCAUGCUCGACAAUCUACUCACCACGCAUUUGGAACCACUUCGUCUCUUGUUGCCCUUUUGGGAUCAUGAUCAUGAUCAUGAUCAGCCCGAGCAAGUUGAUCGAUCCAUUGAAACACUACAGACCUAUUUUGCACACUUUUAUUGCAAUGAUAAUGCAGAUCAAGCCAAACGACAAUUGCAACUCAUGGUACGAGAAGUCAUCACCUUUCAACGACAUUCCGUGUGGCUCGACGUCAUUCAAGAUCAGCGCAAAAAGGAAGCCGCCGUCGUACGAGAUGCCACCACCAGUGCUUCAACUCCAACUGCCAACAAACCACAACCACCAUCGAUACUUGACAAACAACCCACUAAAACAGCACUCUGGACUCUUAUGACAAGCAAUACCAAUGCCAUCACGGGAACCAUCAGUGUCAUUCUAUUUCUUUCCAUUCUCUGGUGGCCCGGCAACAUCUUUGGGGAAGAAGAGGACGAUGACGAAACGACCAAACGCAAUGCACUCGCACUCCUCGUCUUGGUGUCCAUGCUUUGGGCCGCCGAAACGAUACCACUCUUUGUCACGUCCAUGUUGGUGCCCUUUUUGACCGUCGUACUACGUGUCAUUACCGAUGAAGAAACUGGAAGACGAUUGGAUGCUAACGCCGCAUCCCAAUACGUCUUUGAGGCCAUGUUUUCACACGUCAUUAUGCUACUCUUGGGAGGAUUCUCCAUUGCCGCCGCCUUGUCGAAACACAACAUUGCCCAACUACUCGCCACGGCUAUUUCGAGACGCUGCGGAACGGGUAUAAGAACGGUCCUAUUGGUGAAUAUGCUCCUUGCCACGGGCGCCAGCAUGUGGAUCUCCAAUGUCGCGGCACCCGUCCUCUGCUAUUCCCUGCUUUCGCCCAUCUUAAAGGCGAGUACAGCACAAACCAGCCGCGCCGUGUUUGGAACCACGCAACACGUCGCCGCCGAACAAGAUCAUCGACUUUGUCGGGCACUUGUGAUGGGGAUUGCACUUGCUUCCAAUGUGGGGGGCAUGGCAUCGCCCAUUAGUUCUCCACAGAAUCUAUUCGCCAUUGAAUACACUGAUCACAUUGGAUGGUUGGCAUGGUUCACCGUGUCGAUUCCACUCUGUCUUACACUCAAUGUCCUGCUCUGGGGAUGGCUAAUUUUCUGCUAUCAAUUGCCACGAGGCGAGUCAACGGCGGUCCAAUACGCAUUGCGGCAACGAGAUCAUCAAAAUCGAUCUACCAAAGAACCCUUUACCAAGGAACAGUACUACGUUAUUAUUGUGUCGGUGGGCACGGUCCUCUUGUGGUGUGCCAGCAUCAACUUGUCCGAGUAUACCGGUCAAAUGGGCAUUCUCGGCAUUGUUCCAUUUUGCAUGUUUUUUGGAUACGGCAUUUUGACCAAGGAAGAUCUCAACAGUUUUCUAUGGAGUGUCGUGAUUCUCGCCAUGGGAGGACUCGUACUCGGAGAAGCCGUCCGCACGUCCGGACUGCUCACUGUCAUUGCAGAACGCAUUGCCGUCUUUAUCGAAUGCAAUCCACAACUCGACAGUCUCUGGGCAACAAUGUGCAUCUUUUGCACCUUGAUCUUGGUCUGUACGACUUUUGUCAGUCACACCGUCGGAGCCAUUGUCGUGAUUCCAAUCGUUCAAGCGGUGGGAUCGCAGAUGCAACCCGUACCGCAUGACAAGGAAUUGGUCUUUGCAUCCGCAUUGGCGUGUUCGGCCGCCAUGGGACUGCCCGUCAGUGGCUUUCCCAACAUGACUGCCAUCAGCGUGGAAGAUCGACUGGGGAAUCGGUACCUGACCGUUCGAGACUUUUUGCAAUACGCACUCCCGGCAUCGUUGCUGGCGUUGAUGGUGGUGGUGACACUGGGAUACUGGUUGGUCAAGGUUGCUGUGCAAAUAGACGGAUGA